UGUUCACACUUCAGAGCAACACCAGAGACAUGUCGGGGCUUGUACUGUGAACUUCCUCACUGUGCAGCCGGACACACACUUAAAACACACACAAAGCUCAGAGCACAGGACCCAACCUGGAUUUUAAACCAUAAAACCCAGAGUGACCGACACUGGUUCCUGCUCUGACUCAUCCUGUGUGAGUAAAGGUCACCAUGGACAACGGUCCCCAUGGUAACCAGGGGCGAUCGAUGUUUGGCCCGAGUGACCGACUGACCGCUGAGUUCAGGGCCUGCUGCAGAGAUCCAACCGACGCGAUUGAAACCAGACUGAGAUCCAUGCUGCAAACAUUUCUGCAACACCACAGGGACAACUCAGGAGACGAGAACAACCAUCUAGCAACAAAGUCCUGCGGUGCGGCAGCGAUAUGGUAUUACAGGAUCCUGGAGAACAUCCUCAGUCAGGAGAAGGAGAGGCUGGGCGUCAAGGACGGCUCGGCACUUGAGUCAGAGGCAGAAUACAGGGACAGUGGAGAGAGGUCCAUUGCUGAGGUCCUCCUGGAGCUGGAUCUGUUUCAGCGCUGCCUGGUGGCCUGUUGUCUGGAGAUUACCAUAUUCUCAAACAGUCUACCAUAUGAGUUCCCUCUGCUCCUUCAGGUCCUCACACUGGCUCCUUACCACUUCAUCAAGGUGAUCGAGCUGGUUCUGCGGGCUGAGAGGUGUCUGCCCCGCGAUGUGGUCACACACCUCGCCCAAUCAGAAGAGAGAGUUCUGGAGAGUUUGGCCUGGACCACAGACUCCCCGCUGCUGGAAGCCAUCAGAGCCAAUGAGGGCCAUCUGCCCACCUGCCAACAGGUGAUGCCUCCUGCAAGAAUUGAAGGUCAAAACCAGACAGACUUUCAACCUGACAGAAACCCACCUGGAGACAUGUCAGUGGAGUUCAGUUUUGGAGCUGAAGCUUCUUCCAGGCCGCCGAGAAGUAACUCCCUCCACCUGUUCACUCGAAAGGUGUACAUGUUGAUGGGGAAGCGUCUUGAGAAGCUUUGUUCCACGCUGCAUAUUUCUGAGGAGCUGCGUCUGAAGAUCUGGACGUGUUUUGAGCAUUCUCUGGUUCACUUCACUGACCUCAUGAAGGACCGACACCUGGACCAGCUGCUCAUGUGUGCCAUCUACAUGAUGGCUAAGAUCACCAAUGUGAAGAUAUCCUUCAAACACAUCAUUCAUUGCUACGAGUCUCAACCACUUGCAAGCAGAAGUGUCUCCAAAAGUGUGCUGAUUUCCAGACAAGACACAGAAACACUUCUCAACAGAAACAACAAUAAUGGAGACCCUGCUCACGGUUUCCCGACCCCCGACUCACCAUCGUCACAUUACCCCCCCGCUCAGGAGGAGAGGGUCAAUCUGAUCCGCUUUUACGACAACAUCUACACCGGGAAGAUGCACGACUGUGCCGACCAGUUUGACCCAGCCUCUGGGAGAGACACCCCCCCUCUGUCUCCUUACCCCAUGCAGGGGAGAGGGGGGGAGAGCAUCUCGUCAAAGCCAGCAGGUCUCCAGCAGCCUCCUCAUCUUCAACUCAGAGACCCCUGGAGACCGAGAAGAAGGGGAGGAUGAAGAUGGUCCUCCAGCUCAGAGGCUUCGUGUUGCAGAGUCAUUCUUGCAGAGGCGACUCAGUAGUGUAGUGAAUGAUCGCGAGGCUCAAAGAGACCGGGACCAACCGUCAAUUUCACACCCUGACCUGCACUAAGUCUCACUCUGAGCUGGUAUAACUGUGGCAGCUAGAGCAACUUCACAGAUAUAGACAAAACAAAUUCCUUUAGGCAAAAAUCUGUCAAAUCAAAGUCUUGUCCGUGCUAAAAUUAAGUCAAAGUCAA